GCUCGCGUGUGAUGUGUUUGUGUAUCCUCAGUGUUUUUCUCUCUUGAGUGUUUUAUUGAGUGUAAACAGAGUCUUGUCUCUGUGUAUUUUAGUGUUGAUGAUGAGAUGGAUGUGAUGUGCUGUAAAUCAGGAACUGAUCAGGGCUUACAGGAUGAGGAAUCUACUGAUCAAACCUCCACAGAGUCUCUGGAUUCUGUCUGUAACGCUGGAGAACAGCAGCAGAUCCUGCAGACCAAACUCAAGAUGUGUUCAGUCAAACCCGUCGACUUCAUGAUGAUGAAGAUCAAAACGGAACCCACAGAAAUACAAAUUGAUCCUACAGAAAUAAAAACUGAACCUACAGAAAUAAAAACUGAACCCACAGCAGAUGAAUAUGAAGACAGUCAUAAUGAUGGUCAGGAUUCUAUUCUCUCAGAUGUGAAGAGUGAAUUAUGUUCGUCCUCAACAUCAAAAGAGGGACUGACAGCACAAACUCAUUCUUUCAUCACUGGUGGAGAGACAUUGAGCUCACAGAUACAUUUAGAGAGAGAACACACAGAACAGAAACUCUUCACCAGGUCUGAGAUCAGCUUUACUACCUUACAAGAGAAGAAACUUCAUUCAGAAGAGCACAGAGAGAAGCAGUGUGGGAAGGAUUUUUUUACACCAACAACUAAUAUAAACGUCCACAUGAGGACACGCAGCCGUGAAAAGCCUUUCUACUGCACUGAAUGUGGCAAAUAUUUUAUUACCAAACAAAAUCUUGAUGCUCAUCAGAGAAUUCACACAGGAGAAAAACCAUUCGAGUGUCCUCGCUGUGAGAUGAGGUUCAGCCACAAACAUCAUCUGAAGAGACACAUGCGUAUACACACCAAUGAGAGACCGUAUCUGUGCAGUGAAUGUGGAAAAACCUAUAGGGAUUCAGGUUCAUUAAAAUCACACCAGAAUAUUCACUCUGAAGAGAAACUCCAUCAAUGUUCACUCUGUGAUAAACGUUUCCGUCAUAAAUCUAAUCUGAUAGUUCAUCAGAGAGUUCACACUGGAGAGAAACCUUACAUCUGCUCGAUUUGUGGAGAGAGAUUUGGUUAUUUAGGAAGUUUUUAUAAUCACAAGAAGAAACAUACUAACAAACGACACUGAAAUAAUUGUUAUAUACUUAAAGGGGACAGAGAAUGAAAAAACCUUUUUACCUUGUCUUUGUUGAAUAAUGGUAGUCUACCCGCAUUCACAAACAUACAAAAAGUGCUAAACAUGCUAAACAUCUCAGUCUCAUAGAAAUUCCUCUUUUAGAAAUGUCAGCCAGAAAACGGCCCAGUCUGAAAAACUGAUGCUUAUGACAUCACAGGCAUCUCACUGCCCCUCCACUUUAAAAUAAUUGGCUACAUUUUUUGAGUGUCAGCAAAGUCAGCCAAUCAGUAAUGAGAUUGCAAAACCACUUGUUUAAAAUCCCCCACCCUAAUAGAGUUAUCUAAGAGAGGUUUUUAGGAAGCUUCUAAGGCAUUACAGACCCAAACAAAAAACUUUUUGUCUACAUGUCACAUCACAGAACGAGGAUAAAUACCCUGUUCAAUCAUUCUAUGUCACCUUUAAAAAUAGACACAGGACAAUCUCUUUCUCCUAAAAAGUUUGAUAAUAAUUAUAUUAUUGCAUUUCAAUAAAUGCAAUGUUACAGCAAUGCUUUAACUACUGCUGAAUUUUGUUUUCCUUUUUCUUUACUUUUUUUGUGAAUGGGGGGGUUGGAGGGUGAAAAUGUUUGCUAUCUGUUAUAUGUUGACAGAUGUUAUUCACUGUAUAAUUUGAUGUGAUAUGCAAACUGAAAAUAUAAUAAAUAUAUGGUUAAAAAACAAUACUCGUCUAUAUAUUGACAAUUGACCAU